AUGGACGUGGACGUGGACGUGGACGUGGACGUGGACGUGGACGUGGACGUGGACGUGGACGUGGACGUGGACGUGGACGUGGACGUGGACGUAGACGAGGACUUCGACGUGGACGUAGACGUGGACAUGGACGUGGACAUGGACGUGGACAUAGGACGUGGACGUGGACGUGGACGUGGACGUGGACGUGGACGUGGACAUGGACGUGGACAUGGACGUGGACGUGACCUGGACGUGGACGUGGACGUGGAAGUGGACGUGGACGUGGACAUGGACGUGGACGUGGAUGUGGACGUGGACGUGGACGUAGACGUGGACGUGGACAUGGACGUGGACAUGGACGUGGACGUGGACGUGGACAUGGACGUGGACGUGGACGUGGACAUGGACGUGGACGUGGACUUGGACAUGGACAUGGACGUGGACGUGGACGUAGACCUGGACGUGGACUUGGACGUGGACGUGGACGUGGACUUGGACGAAGACCUGGACGUCGACGUGGACGUGGACGUGGACAUGGACGUGGACGUGGACGUGGACGUGGACGUGGACCUGGACGUGGACGUGGACAUGGACAUGGACGUGGACGUGGAUAUGGACGUGGACGUGGACGUGGACAUGGACGUGGACGUGGACAUGGACAUGGACGUGGACGUGGACGUGGACGUUGACGUGGACGUGGACAUGGACAUGGACGUGGACGUGGACAUGGACGUGGACGUGGACAUGGACGUGGACGUGGACGUGGACAUGGACAUGGACGUGGACGUGGACGUGGACAUGGACGUGGACAUGGACGUGGACAUGGACGUGGACGUGGACGUGGACGUGGACAUGGACAUGGACGUGGACGUGGACGUGGACAUGGACGUGGACCUGGACGCGGACGUGGACGUGGACAUGGACAUGGACGUGGACGUUGAACACGUGGACGUGGACGUGGACCUGGACGUGGACGUGGACGUGGACGUGGACAUGGACGUGGACAUGGACGUGGACGUGGACGUGGACAUGGACAUGGACGUGGACGUGGACAUGGACAUGGACGUGGACGUGGACGUGGACGUUGACGUGGACGUGGACAUGGACGUGGACGUGGACGUGGACGUGGACGUGGACGUGGACGUGGACGUGGACGUGGACGUGGACAUGGACAUGGACGUGGACCUGGACGUGGACGUAGACGUGGACGUGGAGGUGGACGUGGACAUGGACGUGGACAUGGACGUGGACGUGGACAUGGACAUGGACGUGGACGUGGACAUGGACAUGGAGGUGGACGUGGACGUGGACGUUGACGUGGACGUGGACAUGGACAUGGACGUGGACGUGAACGUGGACGUGGACGUGGACUUGGACGUGGACCUGGACGUGGACAUGGACGUGGACAUGGACGUGGACGUGGACGUGGACGUCGACGUGGACGUGGACCUGGACUUGGACGUGGACGUGGACCUGGAUGUGGAUGUGGACGUGGACAUGGACGUGGACAUGGACGUGGACAUGGACGUGGACAUGGACGUGGACAUGGACGUGGACAUGGACGUGGACAUGGACGUGGACGUGGACGUGGACAUGGACAUGGACGUGGACAUAGACGUGGACAUAGACGUGGACAUGGACAUGGACGUGGACGUGGACAUGGACGUGGACGUGGACAUGGACGUAGACAUGGACGUGGACGUGGACGUGGACGUGGACAUGGACAUGGACGUGGACGUGGACAUGGACAUGGACGUGGACGUGGACGUGGACGUGGACGUUGACAUGGACGUGGACGUGGACGUGGACGUGGACGUGGACAUGGACGUGGACGUGGACGUGGACAUGGACGUGGACGUGGACGUGGACAUGGACGUGGACGUGGACGUGGACGUGGACGUGGACGUGGACGUGGACGUGGACAUGGACAUGGACGUGGAUGUGGACGUGGACGUGGACGUGGACGUGGACGUGGACAUGGAGGUGGACUUGGACGUGGACAUGGACGUGGACAUGGACGUGGACAUGGACGUGGACGUGGACGUGGACGUGGACGUGGACGUGGACGUGGACGUGGACGUGGACCUGGACGUGGACGUGGACGUGGACGUGGACGUGGACGUGGACGUGGACGUGGACGUUGACGUGGACCUGGACGUGGACGUGGACGUGGACGUGGACGUGGACAUGGACGUGGACUUGGACGUGGACGUAGACGUGGACAUGGACGUGGACAUGGACGUGGACGUGGACGUGGACGUGGACAUGGACAUGGACGUGGACGUGGACAUGGACGUGGACAUGGACGUGGACGUGGACGUGGACAUGGACAUGGACGUGGACGUGGACAUGGACGUGGACGUGGACAUGGACGUGGACGUGGACGUGGACGUGGACGUGGACAUGGACGUGGACGUGGACGUGGACAUGGACAUGGACAUGGACGUGGACGUGGACGUGGACGUGGACUUGGACGUGGACGUGGACGUGGACCUGGACGUGGACAUGGACGUGGACAUGGACGUGGACGUGGACGUGGACGUGGACCUGGACCUAGACGUGGACGUGGACGUGGACGUUUACGUGGACGUGGACGUUGACGUGGACGUGGACGUGGACAUUGACGUGGACGUGGACGUGGACAUGGACGUGGACAUGGACGUGGACAUGGACGUGGACGUGGACGUGGACAUGGACGUGGACGUGGACGUGGACAUGGACAUGGACGUGGAUGUGGACGUGGACAUGGACGUGGACGUGGACGUGGACGUGGACAUGGACAUGGACGUGGACGUGGACAUGGACGUGGACGUGGACGUGGACGUGGACGUUGACGUGGACGUGGACGUGGACGUGGACGUGGACAUGGACGUGGACGUGGACGUGGACAUGGACGUGGACGUGGACGUGGACAUGGACGUGGACGUGGACGUGGACGUGGACGUGGACGUAGACGUGGACGUGGACAUGGACAUGGACGACAUGGACAUGGACGUGGACGUGGACGUUGACGUGGACGUGGACAUGGACAUGGACGUGGACGUGGACGUGGACAUGGACGUGGACGUGGACGUGGACGUGGACGUGGACGUGGACAUGGACGUGGACAUGGACGUGGACGUGGACGUGGACAUGGACGUGGACGUGGACGUGGACGUGGACGUGGACUUGGACGUGGACGUUGACGUGGACUUGGACGUGGACCUGGACGUGGACGUGGACGUGGACCUGGACGUAGACGUGGACGUGGACGUGGACGUGGACGUGGACCUGGACGUGGACGUGGACGUGGACGUGGACGUGGACGUGGACAUGGACGUGGACGUGGACGUGGACGUGGACCUUGACGUGGACGUGGACGUGGACCUGGACUUGGACGUGGACUUGGACGUGGACCUGGACGUGGACGUGGACGUGGACGUGGACGUGGAUGAGGACGUGGACGUGGACGUGGACGUGGACGUGGACGUGGACGUGGACCUGGACUUGGACGUGGACGUGGACGUGGACGUGGACGUGGACCUGGACGUGGACGGUGGACGUGGACGUGGACAUGGACGUGGACGUGGACGUGGACGUGGACCGUGGACAUGGACGUGGACGUGGACGUGGACGUGGACGUGGACGUGGACUUGGACGUGGACGUGGACGUGGACUUGGACGUGGACUUGGACGUGGACGUGGACGUGGACAUGGACGUGGACGUGGACGUGGACAUGGACGUGGACGUGGACGUGGACGUGGACUUGGACGUGGACGUGGACGUGGACGUGGACUUGGAUGUGGACCUGGACGUGGACGUGGACGUGGACGUGGACGUUUACAUGGACGUUGACAUGGACGUGGACGUGGUUGGGACAUGGACGUGGACAUGGACGUGGACAUGGACGUGGACGUGGACGUGGACAUGGACGUGGACGUGGAAGUGGACAUGGACGUGGACGUGGACGUGGACCUGGACGUGGACGUGGACGUGGACAUGGACGUGGACGUGGACCGGACAUGGACGUGGACGUGAACGUGGACAUGGACGUGGACGUGGACGUGGACGUAGACGUGGACGUGGACUUGGACGUGGACGUGGACGUGGACGUGGACAUGGAUGUGGACAUGGAUGUGGACGUGGACGUGGACAUGGACAUGGACGUGGACGUGGACAUGGACGUGGACGUGGACGUGGAUGUUGACGUGGACGUGGACAUGGACAUGGACGUGGACGUGGACGUGGACGUGGACGUGGACAUGGACGUGGACAUGGACGUGGACGUGGACGUGGACAUGGACGUGGACGUGGACGUGGACAUGUACGUGAACGUGGACGUGGACAUGGACGUGGACGUGGACGUGGACGUGGACAUGGACAUGGACGUGGACGUGGACGUGGACGUGGACUUGGACGUGGACGUGGACGUGGACUUGGACGUGGACCUGGACGUGGACAUAGACGUGGACAUGGACGUGGACGUGGACGUGGAUGUGGACGUGGACGUGGACGUGGACCUGGACGUGGACGUGGACGUGGACGUUUACGUGGACGUGGACAUGGACGUGGACGUGGACGUGGACAUGGACGUGGACAUGGACGUGGACAUGGACGUGGAUGUGGACGUGGACAUGGACGUGGACGUGGACGUGGACAUGGACAUGGACGUGGACGUGGACGUGGACGUGGAUGUGGACGUGGACAUGGACAUGGACGUGGACGUGGACAUGGACGUGGACGUGGACAUGGACGUGGACGUGGACAUGGACGUGGAUGUGGAUGUGGACAUGGACGUGGACGUGGACGUGGACAUGGACAUGGACGUGGACGUGGACGUGGACAUGGACGUGGACCUGGACGUGGACGUGGACGUGGACAUGGACAUGGACGUGGACGUGGACAUGGACGUGGACGUGGACGUGGACACGGACACGGACGUGGACGUGGACGUGGAUGUGGACGUGGACGUGGACGUGGACCUGGACGUGGACGUGGACGUGGACGUGGACAUGGACGUGGACAUGGACGUGGACGUGCACGUGGACAUGGACAUGGACGUGGACGUGGACAUGGACAUGGACGUGGACGUGGACGUUGACGUGGACGUGGACAUGGACAUGGACGUGGACGUGGACGUGGACGUGGACAUGGACGUGGAUGUGGACGAGGACGUGGACGUGGACGUGGACGUGGACAUGGACGUGGACAUGAACGUGGACGUGGACGUGGACAUGGACAUGGACGUGGACGUGGACCAAGACGUGGACGUGGACGUGGACGUGGACAUGGACGUGGACGUGGACGUGGACGCGGACGUGGACAUCGAUUGUGGCAAACACGAUCGUGAUGGGCGGUCCAUGAUCCGAGUAACAAUGCUUCACAUUUUAUACCGGUACGGAUUUCGCAGCUUCCCGGGCUCACAAACGCCCUUAUAUGGGGACGGUUCUUCAUGCACCGGGCCCGAUUGA